ACGUGUCAAGCCGAGUUGAACAAGCCACAAGGGAAGGCUCUUCCGGCAUAUAAGUUGAGGAAACCCCCCUGUACUGAUAACAGCUUGACCCAGCCUAUAACUAUAAGCUAACCCAGUUCGGUAACGAAUCCACUGGGCAACUUCCCACUACGGGGAAACCUGUCUGGCUUUCCCUGAUUUGACAUUUGAGCUUUCGAGCGUCCCGUUUCUCAUUCAAGAAAGGAAGUGAUGACUGCCAGCCGGGAUAUGCUCGUGCCUGAUUGCGGCGUUGUUAAACAGUGACUGAACUCGGAGUGGUGGUAUUUACUUUGCCGUGCUUGCUGGGGAAAGUCGAGUCUCUUGUCUGACUUGUUGCUGAGUCAAUCUGUCUGGUGGCUCGGAAGUUUUUCCUGCGAGCUCUGUUUGGAUACACAUGCUGUGAAGUUUUGGAAGACUUCUUGUAAUACUUCUGGUGUUGGAGUCAGCAUUAUUGUUUAGCAACGUGAAGAGGUGGAGCAGUUGAUUCGUGAUGGUGAGACGUCUGACCUCAAGAAACAACCUGAACAAGAUGCCGAUUCAUCUUUCAAGUCUUCAAGGCAGUCUGCUGUCCUGUCAUCUGCCGGAAAGGGAAAGAAACGACAUCGUCACAAGAAUGCCAUGAAAGUGAAGAUAGCCAAGAAGGUACACAACAAACGCAUAACCAAGGCUCUUCAAGCAAAGGAUAUUCCAGUCAGCAAGAAUGCAGACAUCCAGGACAGUGUCUCAAAUCUCAACCCAAACAAUAACGAGAAGCCAGUAAUUGAACUUAAGGAACUGGAUUCUCCAAAAUCGGUUGCAGAAGUGGGACCAGAAGCAAUAUCUGAUAGUUUUAUAUCAGACGCUGACAUUGUCAAGGACAAGUAUGACAUGAUCAAGGAGAGAAGCCUUCAGCGGGCUACUAAAGUCAGACAGACUCCCUCAGAGAAGGAUAAAGACAUUGAAGGUAGUCCUAAGAAAGGUUUAGACAGUCCAAAGAAAUCCCCCAUUUCCCCUCUGAAGGAACCUGGAAGCCACUUGCAAAGAAGCCCAACAAAAGCUGAAGUAUCUGCUGUUCAGUUAUCGUCGAAACCAAGGCAUUCAAAUUCACAAAGGAAAUUGUCUGAGGAAAGUGGACGUUUGCACAGUCGGAGUUUGCUGAGUCAAAGUCAACCCAUUGUGAAAGGCCGACAACGCUGUGUGUCAGAGGGGAUGCUAACCUCUCAGGAGACUUUGUCUAAACAACAUGCUCUUGAAGCUUUGCUUCAAAUAACAGGUGUGGAACUCCACACCAUGAGCAAAGUGCCUGACAGUGAACAAUCUGUGCCACGUACAAUGACAACAGUGACUAGUUCGACUCCUAAUGUACCACAGACUUCACUCACUGGUUUGAACAAAGGUAGCAUGGUAAAAAUCAGUGAGUCCGACAGAGGAGUUGUCAAAUACCACCUGCAGUCUGACUCGCUGGAAGAGCAGGGUUUGAAACUUGUAUACACAGCACAAGCCGUUGGACAAACCAACCAGGAGCAAAUUAAUUACAGUGCCUAUCGCCCACGUAAGAACAGCACAAGGAGCAAUGCAUCUGAUUCAGCUGAUGACCCCACUGCCAAAGACUUACAAAAGUGCUGUAAGAAACCUGGACGACACGUCUGCCAAUUUUGUGGACGUCGGUGCACAAAGCCAAGUGUGCUGAAAAAGCAUAUCCGUUCUCACACCGGCGAACGCCCCUACCCAUGUUCACCUUGUGGAUUCUCAUUUAAGACUAAGAGCAAUCUUUACAAACACUGCAAGACACAUGCACAUGCCAUCAAGGCAGGACUCACACCCAACUCUGAGGAACUUGCUAAGCUAGCCUUGCCUGAUCUAGACGAAGAUGACUCUGAAGAGACGGAAAGUGAAGAUGAGAUAACAACUUGUGAUGCAACAACCUGCCAAACAGAACUGACUGUAAAAAUGUCACACAGUGAUGCCCAAAUGCAUGUUGGUUCUAUACCGCAGUCAGGAAUGGAGCCAUUCUCAAGAACCUCACAGGACAGAAAUACCAAAGGGACUAACAUUCCCAUGAUGCAAGUACCUAGGAGCCUUGCUGUUGUACCAACUAUUCCCCAGCAGCAAGCAGAUAGCCAAAGCAACCAGGAAACUGUCUCAAGACAUUCCAGCUGGGUUCCUACCCAAACUUCAGUACUACCAACAAGUAAUAUCAAAAUGGACAUGCCACUUCUAAGUACAUUACUCCCCAACCAGUCUUUGAGAUCAUCCAACAUCACAUCAGUUGAUCGACCCUCUUCUGCUCCUUCUGCAUCUGUUGAGUUCUCCACAACAAACCGUUCCCGGCAAGAUGGGCAUCACACACCAGAGAGCCGCAAUGAUGAUGAAGUAGUCAUGUCAGCAUCUGGAGCCUCCUCAAGCCAGCUUUUGAAGUCCAUAGUUCCCGGAGAGCUAGCUGGCUUCCGUAUUGAUAUGGAAACAAGACGAGCUAUUCCUGUCCUUAGUCCUCAACUUGGAACACCAGGAUUACCUCCUACAACCCAAUCUACUGAUGAAGUAUCAUCAAAUCCUAACCAACUGUUAAUUCCUCUCACAGGAUUUAAUAUUGUAAAGUCUGGCGGUCAGUAUCAUGUUCAGAUUCCAGUUCAGGGCAUCUCAGAAGAUUCUCUAACCAUGAGCCUUGAUGGAGAAACAGGUGCUGCUAUAGAUGACACAAGCAAUGGUUCCAGCCUGACAAAAGGCGUUUCCAAAGAGAGUCUGCAAGAAAGAAUCCAGCUUUUGAUAUCUCAGAACCGUGCGAUUGUAGAUAAUACUGUGCUUGAAUCUGUGAAGCCAAGACGUACCAGUGCUUCACGCAGAGACAGUGAGAAUAAUUCGCCCAGGAUAGAGUUGACAGCGGAACCCCCCAGUGAAGGAAAAUUUCAAGAAGGUAGAGUCAUUAAUCCUUCAGGUUACCAAGAGUUUGUGAACCCUGCGGUGCGUUUCAGGAGAAACUCCUUGUCAGAGGCACAGCACCCGCCUUCUGUAACUCAUGGGUCUGUGGCUGGCUAUCCCCUAGCAGGUGAAGGAAACCUUCUAGAGAGGGUUUUGAAGUCACAGCAGAACACUGCCAAAGGGCCAUCUGCUUCUGACAAGCAGAUACUUGUUCCAUUAAGGAAUUUGCCAGCAACUAAAGUUGAACCAUCAACCCGGCAGACAGGAAAUUCUGGUGACAACAGGAACUCCAUCAAAGAUCUUUUGAUGCAAGACAGGCCACAUCGCUUGGCACAGAUUGCCCAGCACUCCCCUGUUCAAAUGUCAGGUGAUUCCCCAGGGGGACGAGGGUCACCUAGUAUGAGAUACAUCCCUGGAUCUUCUUGGCCUUUCCCACAAGGUGGAGAGUCGGCCAUGCAUCAGCUGAGAGGCACGCUGCAGCAACAAAGAGCAGCCCCACAUGCACAGGGUCUGAUGUAUCCAUCAUUGUAUAAUACACCAGAGGAGGUCAAUGUAUCCCAGAGGAUUUGUGAAUUAAGAGGUACAGGUCGAAGGAGGAAGUACAAAUCAGAGAGUGAUGUCUUCGGUGAAGGUAUGCCUUCAGGACCUUCAUCUCCAAAGAGACGAGCCAGGAAAAUAAAAGACAUGCCUUCUGUGGUUUCUCCACUUGCCACAAGCAGUGUCCAGCAUCCUUCCUCAAGUAUGGCAUCCAGAACUCUCGCAGAACCUCAAAAAGGUGGUGACGUGAAACCUGCCACCAGUCCUCAUGGUCACUCUACCUCCUAUACUGGACAAGUGUCCUCUUUGCCAUAUCCAUCUCCAACAGCACAUAUUGCCACAUAUCCAACCCCCUUUACCUCAAAGAGUGGCUAUUCAGCACCCUACACAAGCCAUACAGCCAUCACCACUCCUGGUCAUGUGACCCAAGUACAAAGCCACAUGACACCAAUGCAGAGUCACAUUUCACAAAUGCAAAGUCACAUGACAUCAAUGAGGAGUCCCCCGACAUCAAUUCCAAGUCACAUGAUAUCUCUUGGAGGUGUUCUGUCAUCAGUGACAACAUCACAGUAUCAGAUGCCCCGCUACCCUAGCCCCAUGAUGUCAGUUCCUGGCCUGAUAUCACAUCCUGGGCAACCGACAUCUCAAGUCAAUUUUCAGGGUACUUACACAAUGCAAGGAACACCGGUUCACGUUCCAUUUCGCACUUCUGUUCCUCUAACUUCUGUCACUAGUGUCUGCACACAGUCUCAGCCAGUCGUAUCAGAGGUGUCUGUUAUCCAGCAUACACGAAUGCAGAGCAAAAGUGAGCCAAGCAAUAAGGAGCUGAAACUUGAAGUAAGCCAAGCCAGAGAUGGGCCUCAUGCGAGUUAUCCAUGGAACUACAGAUACCCAGUCCCAAUGCAGAGUCCAGGAGCUGCUUCUCCCUCUAGUCAAGGCCUACAUUUGUUGGCAGUUGCUUCUAAAAGUCCAGACUUGUCUUCAAAUCUCUUGAUGGGUGGUAGGAAGCGUAGUUUCUCUAUAACAGAGGGGAUCCAGACAGUGAGGAAACAGGAACAACAGAUAAAAUCGCCAUUGCCGAACGGUCCCCCACGGCAGAUGGAGAAGCACAGACCAAGUGAGGAAACCAACAAUGCAUCCCCGAUUGCAAUGCAGCUUCUGGCAGCUGUUGCUCAUGGGUCUUCGUAUGCUCCAAGACUCAGUCCUAGGGAUCAGAAUGUGAACAAGGCGACUAGUGAAUCUGGAGUCAGCUUUCAAUCACCAUCAGCUCAGCCAAGUAAAAGGAGUCUCUCAACACUACAAAGAGGCAACCAGGGCACUGAUGUUUCUAACACGGAACAUCCCUUGCAAUCAGUCUCAUCAAUUCCACAGCAGAGACAAGUCGAAUCACCAAAGAGAAUUAAACUAGAGCAAAACUCAGCAAGUCCCAAAUCGCCAAGAUGUGAUGCCAGAACUCCUAGGAGUGAUGCCAGCAGGCAAAGUCCCACUACGGUACCAAAGGUCCCAGCCUCUAGACGACAUCUGAAACUUGACCUCAAGUCCCCUCUGACAUCUCGUAUGAAGUCCCCUGGAGCUACAGAUUCCCAAAAGUCACUCCUGCAGAUUGACCCCAAGAGUCUCCUUACACCAGAAGCACUCUCAAUUGCCGAGUCAGUGAUGAAACUGGCAUCACCCAUGAAGGCAAAUACACCUAUCACUCCAGUGGAAUCGGCACGUGAGCUGGGUCGACUAAUGGCACAUGCUUUCCAUAAUGCAGGUGGAAAGGUUGAGAGUCUGAUCACAUCAACACAGGGGACAAUGAUGAUUGGACCCAUCGCAACCCCAACUCCAGGAUCGGGUAGUGGCUCAACACAAUAUUUCAUCAUCCCAUCACCAUCUUCAUCCCAAGCUCCAACAGGUUUUCCAGGGCCAAAUACUUUACUUUCUCCUGUUGUCAGCACUCCUUCAUUAUCGUUGGUCUCACCGCUCAAAAGUCCUUUAGCAACUCCUUCAGUGACAUCUCAACUACAGGGGGAUGAGGCAGUUGUCUGCACAAUUGUUUCUCCUCACUACAAACGUGUACCUCCUCAGAAACCUGACAGUCACGGGUCCUUUGAAAAGCAGGUCUUAAGGCAAGUGAAGACAAAUUCAGCAUUAAGGCAGAAAGCAAGGUAUUCCAAACUGUCCCGUAGCACAGCACGCAACUCUAAAAUUACCAGGACAACAUGCUGCUGUGACAAACGUCCUCAACCAAUGUAUGUACAACAAGGAAGUAACCGGAAGAUAUCUAUGUAUUCCAACUGGAGAACUGGAGCAAACUUUCCACAUCCCCUAGGAAUCUCAUGGAAGGCUCACCUUGGUUUGUACGAUACAAGCAGAAAUAAGAAGCCACGUUUUUACUACGUGACUACCAGUAUAUCACCACCACAGGGUGGUAUCGUGACAGACGCGGCAGGUUGGAAACCGGAGACAGCUACUGAAGCACCAGAUGCACCAUCGACACAUAUCAAACAGCAGGCAAUUAACACAUCUACAUUGAAGCCAUCAGAUACAGGAUGCACUGACAAAUCAAUGCUUGAAUCUGAUGCACUCAAGUCCAAAGAGAAAAAGGUGAAGGAAGCAUCAGAUCAUAAUGAACCAAGUCGCAUUCAGAUAUUUAGUGGAGGCUACAAGUCGAAUGAGGAUUAUGUCUAUGUACGUGGUCGUGGUCGUGGCAAAUACGUCUGUGAAGAAUGCGGGAUUCGUUGCAAGAAACCAAGCAUGUUGAAAAAGCACAUCCGGACACACACUGACAUGAGACCUUACCAAUGCCAAAUUUGUAACUUUGCUUUCAAGACCAAAGGGAAUCUCACCAAGCACAUGAAGUCCAAAGCACACAGCAAGAAGUGUACCAAGAAUGGGAUCUCUCCAUCAGAUGAUUCUUGCAUGGAACAUCAGUUCUCAGAUGCUGCCGAUGAAGACACAGAUUCUGUUGAUGGUGACACCACAGAUGAAGAUGAGGAUGAGGAUGAGGAUGAUGACAUCUCAGAAACUCAGUCUGAAAGUGCUGUCCCAGUCGGUGGCACAGUACCUCACAGGGAACGUUACAGCUCUGUGCCAAACAUCCAGGACAUGCCUGACAGUUUAGAUAGCCAAGGACGGCCACUGGUAUGGCAUCAGUAUCACCCUGGAAGACCCAAGAAAGAGCAGACUGAGUCACAAGAAAGGCCCAGGAGAGACUCAACAGGAUCUAUCCCACCCUCUGAUUCUCCAAAGAGUGGAACUGCAUCUAAAGAUGAUGAGAAACAGCCAAUUAAACUCUCCAGAUCUGAAGUUGUUGGGAAACUGAGUCGUCAUCUUACCAACAGACACCAGCAGAGUCUUGAAAAGGCGCAGAAGGCUAAUGCAUCUGCCGCAGGGAAGUCAGGAGACAGCAAAGACCACGAAAGUAGCAAAGUAUUUGACAUAUCACAACUGCCACCAUUUCAUGCCAGUAAUCUGCUGCCUCAACCAACAAAUCCCACAAAUGUCAUACAGCCUCUGGGAAGCAAUAGUGAUACUAAACCUCCAGCGCCCCCUGUUCUUGACAAAUACGGCCACAUUGUGCUGACUAUGUCAACUUCAUCAACCAGCCAGUAUCGUCUUUCAACUACCAUACAAGGAAGUCUCAGCUCUAGAAGUAAGCCAGGAACAAAUAACGGUUUAACAAGCAGCUUGACGUCACCAACCGCUUUGCAGAUAUCUUCAAGCAACGAAAAGCAGAAGAUUAAUACAUCUCCUCGAGCAUCACAUCACAAUACAGAAUCUUUCCCAGCAGGAUCACCUUUCCUACAAAGCCAGGUUCAAAGUGCAGCAUCUACAGUAACUACCUCAGGGGCACUGUACCAGAAAGAUCACACACCAGGUGUUGUAAGAACUCCAAGUAGCUUACCAACUGCAAGUGUCUCACAGACAGAUGUGUCUUGGGCUUUUACUUUUCCAUCCCAUCAUGAACCACCUCACACAGUAAAUGUCCCACCUGGGGCAUCAAACUUAGUCGUUGGCGUGAACCCAAUGCAUUCCAUGUCAAACAGAGAGAUGCACUUGUUUCCUCCUUACGUAGUAGCAAGUGAGGCUCAGCCAGCUGUAGGAACAAGCCCCAGAGCUUAUCCAACCAACUUUGGAGUAUUUCCACAUGGACCAAGAAUUAUGUCACCUCCAUUUCUGGCUGGUUUCCAUGAUCUCACACGACCAGUUACCUCUCCAGGUGUGAAUUCAAAUAGACCAGUCCUUCAGUCGCCAACUCCUCCAAUAAAGCCACAACUUUCGCCAAGGAAUAAUCCAACCUCAUCUGGCUUGUACCCUUCCUCCAGUGGAUCAACACAAAGUCUACCACCACCUAUUUUUGUAGAAGCCAUCUCAGACGAUGAAGAUGAACGUGGCUCAAGGAAACGACAACAAGUUGAAAUACAGCAAAACAAAUUACUGGUGUCGGGUAGCAUCCAUCCAGGAAACAGUUCAUCUUCAGUGCCAUCUUGGAUGUCUGAACCAGGGAGUACUAUUAAGCAGCUGUUGUUAGCACGACCUUCGUUAAUUCCUCCUCUACAAGAAAAUACCAAGUUUCCCUUCUUUUCACCAUUUCUACCUCCAUCAUUGGCAUCUCCUAAACUGACCAAGAGCAGCCCCAUAGUUUCGUUGAAUAGUUCUCUUCAACCACCCCUAGUCUCACCCAUGGUCCCUUCAAAAAUGAUGCAGCUGCCUCCAACAAUACUCUCUCAGGUCAGGUCUCCAACAGUGCAAUCAUCAAGUUUCUCUCUUAGAGAAGAUCAUCGUGAUUCCCCAGGGCCUUUUGUGCCUCCUGUUGCAAGAGCUAAGUCCCAGUUUCAGAUGGCACCUCCACAGUCUCAAAUGCAUCUUGAUAAAUCACCAAGUGGAGAUCAGAUCCCAGUAGAGGUAGCUGAGGAGCUUGUAUCAUCUCCAACACAAAGUGGCAAUCACAAGUGCUCCAGCUGCAACAAGAUAUUCAUGAAGCCAAGCCAACUAAGAAUCCACAUGAGAAUUCAUCUUGAAGAGAAUGCCUUCUCAUGUCCGGAAUGUCUGCUGUCUUUCCCAAGCCGGAUUCUGUUGGCCAAGCAUGAGCGGUCAGAGGAACACCUCUCAAAGGUUGACGCUGUUGAACUGCCUUCUGCAUCCACUGAGAGCGAUCCACGUCCCUUCAAGUGUAAGGAAUGCCAAAUAGCAUUCAGGAUUCCAGGUCAUCUUGCCAAGCACCUGAGGUCACGAGGUCACAGGAUGACCUUGGAGAGAGAGGGGAAACUGCCGCUACCAAAGGAUGAACUUCUAAGUCCAGAUACAAUGUCUGAUGUAGAGCAAGGAGAUCUCAUUAUUGAUGAUAGCCAUCAACCUUCCAGCCCUGCUGGAUCAUCAGACAAGACAGACAGCGCCAGUGAAGGUGGUGACAUGGAGCAGAUGGACACCAGCUGAACUUGAAAGCUUCAAAAGUAAAGUCUACCCCUGAGUCAAGUGUUGUCAUCAGCAUCACCAGUCAACUUCGAAGCCAUGAGAGACACAGUUCUUUCAUACAAGAUCACGUUUAUACGGAUUGUGUAAGGUAACACGAAAAGCUUCAAAAGUUAGGGUGAAGAACCAGUCUCUGUUAUUUCUAUUAUCAAGCAGGUGAAAAUUUAAACAGGAGCAACUGAAAGUUCACUUUAUUAUAAUAAGAAGCACCUCACAAUGUCAAACUCGUGCGCAGCUUGAGCAAGAUAUACAUGCAUAAGAUUUAAAUUUAUUGUUUGCUUUGUAUUAUUAAUCGGGUUUCUUAAGGGACGGAAAUAUUUACGUUCUGUAAAAUUACUGAAACUGAUGUGCCAAGCCGUUGGUUCUUUGUACAGCUGCAGAAUUUGAAAUUUUAAUCGUCCAGUGAAUCACUGCAAAAAUCAAACGAUGGCAUGUGUUAUGUUUACACUUCGUCGCGUCAGUGCAACAAGGUUGUAUCUCCUAAAAUGGCAUGAAUGACGCAAAAUGCGAGUUUUAGAAUGUCAAAAGGUCGUAUCUCGCUUAAAAUAACCCGGAGGUACAUGCAAAGUCAGUGGACGUCGAGAUACGACCUCGUUGCACGGAGCUUAUUCGCGCGAGAUUCGACUUUGUUGCAGAAUGGAGUUACGACCUUGUUGCACUGACGCGACGACUUAAUCUCUGAUUUUAAAGAAAAAGUUUUACACAGGGCAGUGUUCUGAUUGGUUGAGAGUUUCGGUGAUUUUUAUGACGGUGCGUAGUAUAUAAAGUGUGUGUAGAUAGGAAAUGGCAGCUUAUUAUAGUGCGUCGUAUGAAGGCAAAAUGGAUUGAAAUAAGAAUAGUUUUAUUGAAAAAUUUUAUGUCCAAAUUAUUGUACUAGAAAGUUAUGCUUAUGUAAAUGUAACGUCUUCAUAUAAACGCAAUCAAAUUGUGUUUUGUACAUUAAGUGUAUUUUUGGUAAUACAAGUAUUGGUUAAAGAAUUAGAGAUUUCGAAUUCAGUGACAAAUGUUUGAAAGAGAUUGAAAAUAUAAUCUAAGAAAAGCUAUUAUUUUCUAACAACCAAAGUGUAACGAUAUAAAAUUGGGUCAAAAACAAAUUUGGAAUUACAGAUCUUGUUAGGAAAUAAGUGUAACUAAAAGUGUUAAUCCUUUCACCAAAUCACAGUUUCUAUUCAUCCACUCACUGGCUUGAGAUUAUGUGCAUCAUAACAGUCAAACAGAAUCUGUGGAAUUUCUGAAAGUGAUUUUGUUUCGUUGGAAGUGAACCUGAUUUUGCAGGUUUUAGACUAAACAGAUGUCUAUGAAAAAGGACGAAUUAUCAGAUACCUGUAAUUUUUUUCUUGAAGUCACAUUUUUUUUGUAAUUGGAAAAACAAAUCAAAAGUACUUGUAAGCUUUGUUUUACACAAAAAGCCAGGUGUGAAUCUUUAUAAUCCAGCUUACUAUCCAAAUCAUUGGUACCUGUACAUGUACUCAUAUCUUCGUGAAACGAGUCAUGAUCCUAUCCUAUACAGUAAAAUAAUGCAAUAAUUGAAGGCUCGCUAAUUGCAGCAAACUUCAUCAGCUUUGCAUGUACAUGUAUACUACUAUACUUCGCCCUUCUCUGUUUGAUGUAGCAACAGUUUGAGUACGGUAUAGGGAUGAAAACCCAAACGAUCAUUUCACAGCCUGGUUGAACAUUAUGCUUACUCUGUUUGCACAUGUUUAUUUUUUUCCCUUUCACACUGCAUAAACAAAUGUAAGUCCUGUAUGUGAUGUAGCUUUCCAUUCGCAUCAGUUUAAUAUUUCUUGCAACUUUUAAUAAUGUGCAUCAUACUGAACCGAACAGCGGGCUGUCGAACUUGAACCUCUUUUAUUAGUUACAAUCUUUGAUCUGUCAUAUCUGUAUUUCAAUUCGAAAACCUUGUCAUGUUCCUUGGUAAUUUUGAAUAUUUUAGUUGUGUCAAAAUUGUCAUUUCACAUUUUAAAUUAGUAGAGCGGUGCAGUGCACAUGUAAACUGCAAAUUAGUUUGGUUUUUUUGGGAAGCAACGAAGAUUGUAGUCUGGUUGUACGUUUGUUUUAUGUAAGACUGCAAGAAUUUGGUUUCACUUUUACUGAACAAUACGACCAUUUUGGAAAAGAACUCAUGCAUUGUUGUUUUGGAACGUAAGGACGCGUUUAUUUAACUUGGAAACUGCCAACACGUCUACAAUUGAAUCAAACUUCGUUUUAUCAUUUUGUGUAUUAGUUCACGUGCUGCCCUGCCAACAUAUUUAAGUAUCACCCAGGAAAAAUAUGACUAUAAUAAUGGUCAGUUUAUGACGAAACUUCAAGAGGGCAUUCCUUUGACCUUUUAAGUUGUAAAUUGUACGUCAACCGGAAUCUGUAAGAUAAAUCUUGUAUGGCCAAGUGUUUCCACCAGACUUCGCUUAGAGGAAAGCCUUCAUUAACACGUGGAGCGAAGUUCUAAGCUGGCACUAGAGGCAGAAGAUGCAUGUGUCAGUGGCUUAACUGGAAACACUAAUACUAUCAUUCGAUAUCUUGUGAAUAUUCUCCAUUUAUGUUUUUCCGAUCCAUGUAUAAACCAUUUUAAACCUUACUUGACAGUGUACUAGCCGGUUUUUGUUUCAGGCACACUUGCAGUGGCAUGUUUAGUGCGGGCAAGUUCUCGCAUCGGGCAUGGUGGGAGCCUCAAAUCAAAUGAAAACCUCCAAUACGAUAAUAUUGCUGUUAAAAGCGCCCUCAACUGGCUGUGCAUAAGGACCCAAACCAACAGCUGAAAUCACAUUUCUCGUAUUUGUUGCAUAUGAUGUAUAUUUAAAGAGAUAAAUCUGUAUAGUACCGGACUUCAAAUAUUAUGUACAUAGGGAUUGACUGUGUUGUGUGAUUCCCAUACCCAGUGGUUAUAAGCUUUAGCAGAUGUUUCAUAUUUUCUAUUUAGUAUUCUAUUUCGUCAUUGGUGGUAGUUUUACCCAUAUUGUGUGUAUAAAAAUAACUAUACAACAAAAAAAUAUAUUUGGCGAUAUUUGCAAAAUUGAA